AUGCUUAAGGAAGAUUAUGGUUACCCAGAUACUCUUGACUUUAGUGACAGAUAUAAAGAAGCUAUUAGAAAGUUCAAGGAAGGAAAUACUGACCCGAACCUAUUUAGCUUUAUGGCUCAGCAUCAAAUCGGAUAUAAUCUCAAACCUGGAAAAUACAAGCUCGCUAAGGGAUAUGAUUUAAUAGCAUAUCAUCCAAAUGACAUGAAUGAAUUUACUCCGAGAUAUUUGAUGUCAGAGCUAAAUGAUAAUUCAACUCUCUUCAUGAAACGCGUAAAAAAUAGAGACGGAACGAAAGAAGAAAGGUUUAUGAGUCCGGAUGACUUAGAUAGGGAACUUGUUAAAAACGGUCUCGGAAUAUAUGAAAUGCCAGCAGAUGAGGUACAAGAAACUCAACAGGAAGAAGUUCAGAUACAACCAGACAUGGAAGAAAUAGUUCAGCAACAACAGCUAGAAGAGCCUGAAGGAAACGAACAAAUCCCUCCUUUGGAAACUAACUUCACAGAACUAGAUGAAGAUUUGGAACAGCCGAAAAAUCUUGAUCCUCAACAAGAGUAUGAGGAGAAUAUGGAAUCUUUCCAAGAGUCUAAGAAAAAUUCGGCUGACAUAGUAGAAGAAUAUCGAAAAAUGUUCACCGACAUACAAAAGACUCCAACAUCAGAUGAAAAUAUUCAGCAUAGAAUGGAAGUACUGAAAGAAAAUGUACGCAAAUACAAUAAUCCUUUUUACUUACGACCAUAUAACGUUCAAUCUUUGGCUGAACUCG